AUGAAGAAAGACGGAAUAAAAUCUUAUUAUCAAGCAAAAAUUGAAGAAUGCGAAUUAGUUUUAAAUGAAAAGACUCAGGACUUACGUCGUUUAGAAGCACAACGAAACGCUUUAAACGCAAAAGUACGUCUUUUAAAAGAAGAACUUCAGUUGCUGCAGGAACCCGGUUCAUAUGUUGGUGAAGUUGUAAAAGUAAUGGGUAAAAAGAAAGUUUUGGUCAAGGUUCAUCCUGAAGGAAAAUUUGUGGUUGACAUUGCCUCUGACAUUGACAUUUCUCAAUUGACACCUUCAACUCGUGUUGCACUUCGUAACGACUCUUAUCAACUUCAUAAAAUAUUACCCAACAAGAUUGAUCCUCUUGUUUCACUCAUGAUGGUUGAAAAAGUACCCGACUCUACUUAUGAAAUGGUCGGUGGUUUAGAUCAGCAAAUCAAGGAAAUUAAGGAAGUGAUUGAAUUGCCAGUGAAGCAUCCUGAACUUUUUGAAUCCCUUGGUAUUGCUCAACCCAAGGGUGUUCUCCUUUACGGUCCUCCUGGUACAGGAAAAACACUGUUAGCAAGAGCAGUGGCCCACCAUACAGAUUGUCGUUUUAUUCGUGUGUCUGGUUCAGAAUUAGUACAAAAAUAUAUUGGUGAAGGUAGUCGAAUGGUUCGUGAAUUGUUUGUGAUGGCAAGAGAACAUGCACCUUCGAUUAUUUUCAUGGAUGAAAUCGAUUCUAUUGGCUCAGCUCGUAUGGAAAGUGGAGGAGGAGGAGAUUCUGAAGUACAGAGAACCAUGUUGGAACUACUAAAUCAACUGGAUGGUUUUGAACCUACAAAGAAUAUCAAGGUCAUCAUGGCUACAAAUCGUAUAGACAUCUUGGACGCUGCAUUACUGCGUCCUGGUCGUAUUGAUCGUAAGAUUGAAUUCCCUCCACCAAGUGAAGAAGCACGUGCAGACAUUUUAAAGAUCCAUUCUCGUAAAAUGAAUCUAACAAGAGGCAUCAACCUUCGUAAGAUUGCUGAAAAGAUGAGUGGAAGUAGUGGUGCUGAAGUUAAGGCUGUUUGUACAGAAGCUGGUAUGUUUGCUUUGCGUGAACGUCGUGUUCAUGUCACUCAAGAAGAUUUUGAAAUGGCUGUUGCAAAGGUUAUGAAGAAGGAUUCAGAUGCAAAUACAAGUUUAAAGAAACUCUGGAAAUAA